GGGUCUAAAGAUGGCGUCCGCCGUGCUGAAGGUUGCAGUGGCAGGUCUCUCCAGAUGUUCCCGUCUGCCACUCCUGAGGACUUAUUCAAUGACAUCACCCCUCCACCAGGGCGUUCCCUCAUCUCUGUGGAAGCUGGGGAGGCUGAACCACAUUGCGAUCGCUGUCCCUGACAUGGAGAAGGCCACGGCUCUGUAUCGGGACGUGCUCGGGGCCACAGUGAGCGACCAGGUGCCCCUGCCCGAGCACGGCGUCUCCACGGUGUUUGUGGAGCUCGGCAACACAAAGCUGGAGCUGCUCCAUCCUCUGGGGGAGAAGAGCCCCAUCGCUGGCUUCUUACAAAAGAACAAGUCUGGAGGGAUGCACCACAUUUGUAUCGAGGUGGACAACAUCAACGCUGCGAUAGCCGACCUGAAAGCUAAGAACAUCCGAACUCUGUCAGCAGAGCCCAGGAUAGGUGCUCAUGGAAAACCUGUGAUGUUUCUUCAUCCUAAAGACUGUGAUGGCGUUCUGGUGGAGCUGGAGGAAGCGUGAAAGCCUCAAUAUGACCGGGACUGUGGUCGCUGUUAAUUCACCUUCACAUAUUCCAGAUGAUUCCGAUUAUUAGCAAAUGUUGAUUUUGUAGUAUUGUUCAUCGUAGCACUUAAGUUUUGAACUUCUCAUUUCAGAAAGGUACCUCACUGUUGUUCAGAAUGGGAAUAAACUACAGAAUGGUGUGUUA